ACCAUACGAAAUCGUGAAAAAUGUUCAAGUUUCUUGUAAAGUUUUGUGUUUGCGUUUCGAUAGCGUGCCAUUCUGCUUUCAUCUUGCCAAACAUCAAUAGUUUUGAUGUCCAAGAUGUCAUCAAAAGUAAAUUUGAUGUGAAUUUGAACCAAUUGCGGAAAGAUUAUCUUGACAAAAUCAACGAACUUAAGGAAGAAGCUACUAAUUGUACGAUUAGUGGCACUCAUUUUAACAUCACCGAAAAAAUUGAGAAUCUGAACAAAGCGUUCCACAACCAAGCUAAAGAAAUGAAAGAUUUGCACAAACAAUCUGUGGGAAUGUUCGACCGGCGCUUUCACAUAAAAUGUGUCGAUUGUAUCACCGACUAUUUCGAAGAAAUGUUCGCUAAUUUUUGUGGCUCCAUGGAUGAUUCGGAAGAUCAAGAUACAAGUGCUACAACAUUGGCGCCACCGAAAGGAACAUCGCUGCAUCCGACUGUACCAUCGGAAGCAUCGCAUCAUUCGAACUCAACCAAUUCGAGUCAAGCACCAGUUGUUUCUGAUAUUCCAAAUGAAUUUCACCCAACGGCUAACGUCACCAUACCAUUACGCCCAUGAACUCUAACCCAAAUCAUUGAAUGUCCAUUCUUCUUUCUAUUCACUUCAAUACUUUAUUCUGCACACACAAAAGCCAAUAAAUAAUUUU